AUGGGCCUGGAAGAUUUUGAGAAGGAGCUCGCGCAGAGCAAAAAGAAGGACGAGAAGAAGAAGCGUGAUCGAAGCAGAAGUCGCGACAGACAUCACCGCAAGCACCGUUCCUCGCGCCAUCACGACGGCGACGACGACCGAGACGAGCGCCACCGCCACAAACGAUCGCGACACCAUCGAGAGACGUCGGAAGAGCGUGCGCGGAGAAAAAGGCGAGAAAGAGAUGACAAAGAUGAUCAGUCACGACGAAAGCGCAAGGAAUCUGCAUCGAGUGACGAGGAGGACCGCUUGACGCGAAAGCGCAAGUCGCGACACUACGAGGAAGAUGAGUCUUCUGGAGAUGAGAUACCCCAAGAGAAGGACUAUGCGCCGCCAGGUGACGAGAUCCUAGAUCAGCAGCUCGAAGACGCGGCGAGUGCAGAUCUGCAACGCGACGACUGGAUGAAAGCGCCUUCAUCCAUGGACGUCGACUAUGUGCAGCGGAAGAAGAGAGAGGAGAAGGCGACAUACGUCAAAGCGUCGGAUGAAGGUCAACCCGCGCUCAAGAUGCAUCACGCGGAACUGAACCGUGGUUUGGCGGAUCCCAAGGUCCAAGAGACUGUUACUGAAGAGCCUGCGCAAAGACAAGUCAGCUAUACAUUUGGCGACUCGGGCGCGCAAUGGCGUAUGACGAAGCUGAAGGGCAUCUACCGGAACGCCGAGGAGUCAGGGCGAAGUGUGGAAGAAGUAGCAAUGGAGAAGUACGGUGAUCUACGAGAUUUUGAUGAGGCGCGCGAAGAAGAGAUUGAGUUGGACCGCAGAAAGAUGUACGGCAAAGACUACGUCGGCAAAGAGAAACCAUCUGGCGAACUCUUCGAAGAACGGAGACUCAAGGCAGGCAUUCAUAGGCCAUCUCAUGAGUCGCACGAACCUUCGGAACUACCACAAGGCGAAAUAGUACAAGAUCCUCGACCGACAACGAACACUGUUAUGCUCAGUCAGACUGAGCUCAACAGGCUAAAAGCCCAGAUGAUGAAAGCAAAGAUGAAAAAGGCACCCGAAGCAGCCCAGCUGGAAGCUGAAUACAACGCCGCCCUGGCCAACACUUCAACUUCCAAAGAACGCGAUGUCGUUGUUCUGAACGCAAUGGACAACCGCAUGUUAGCCGGCGGGCGUCAAGGAGAAGUUAUAGCCCUAACCAACAAACGAGGCACAGAGCGCGGUCUCGUCAAAGAGAACGAAGACAUGUCCAUCGACGACAUGGUCCGACAAGAACGCCGAACCAAAAACCAGGCAGGCGGCGAGGGCGCCAUCCUAGCCGAAAAGAUAGCAAAAGACUCAAAGUUUGACAACGACCUCGACUACAUUGACGACAACGCUACCAAACUUGCCGCUCGCGCCCCCAAAUCCUCAAUCAACCUCCGCAACGCCGCAAUCCAAGACUACACUAAGAUGAACCGCAUCCUCGAUUCCUGCCCACUAUGCCACCACGAAGACAAAUCACCACCACAACCCCCCGUCGCUCCCAUUAUCAGCUUAGCAACACGCGUCUUCCUGACCCUCCCCACCGAACCUGAAAUCAGCUCCGGCGGCGCCGUCAUAGUCCCCAUCCAGCAUCGCACCAACCUGCUCGAAUGCGACGACGACGAGUGGGAAGAAAUGCGCAACUUCAUGAAGUGUCUAACGCGAAUGUACCACGAACAAGGUCGUGACGUUGUCUUCUACGAAAACGCCGCUUUUCCUGGUAGAAAGGGUCAUGCGGCUCUCAAUGCUGUGCCUAUUCCCUUUGAACUAGGUGACACGGCACCUGCUUUCUUCAAGGAAGCUAUUCUCGAACAGGCCAGUGAUUGGACACAGCAUAAACCGCUUAUCAAUACGCAAAAGGCGAGUCGCGAUGGCCUGGGCAAACAGGCGUUCCGUCGAAGUUUAGCAAAGGAGAUGCCGUAUUUCCAUGUUUGGUUUGAGCUGGAUGGCGGAUUGGGGCAUAUUGUCGAGGACGAGAGGGCUUGGCCGAGAGGCGACUUGUUUGCUAGGGAGGUGUUGGGCGGCAUGCUGGAUGUAGAUGUCGAGGUUGUUAAGAGGCAAGGGAAAUGGGUCAAAGGGGAUAGGAGGGUGGAAGGGUGGAGGAAGGGAUGGAGGAAGUUUGAUUGGACAAGGGUACUUACUGAGAGUCAGUGA